UCGCGUCUAGUGCUCGUCGACUGCACAUCGCCAUCCGCUAAAAACAAAUAAAAUAAAAACUUAUCAAGAAACACAAACACGCAUUGCAUUAUAUAAUAAAUAAUAUUAUUAACUGUGGAUGUGUAUUUGCAUAGGUGUGAGAUUUAUUAGAGUAAAUAAAACAAAAUAAACUAAAAGUUGAACUUGUUUUGGAUGUGUUAUCGCGUGUUUUGUGUUUGUGCAGUGUAUGCAGUUAUCUCUAAGGAAACCGUCGCACCGGAUCACAACAUUCGUGCGUUGAUUUUGAAUUUCCAGCGGAAAAUGUGCGGCGAUUUAUGCGCGCGUCGUGAAAACAGACAAAUUGGAUAUUAAUUUGAUUAAAUCGGCGAUUAAUUACUGAUUACUGCGGGUGACAAUGGCGAAAGACAGUCGAUCUGGAAGUAUGACAGAUACAGGGGAAGACAUCGGGGAAUGUCUGGAAGACGCCAGGAAGUUGAUUCGGGACUUGAGGGAGCGGACCAGGACGCAGGCGCAGCAAUUAUUAGCAUGGCGGCGUGCAUAUAAAAUGCAGGAAGUUUUAAUAUCCCGCCUGCAUCGUGAGAAAGCCGACCAACUGAAAACCCUCUCCUCGAAACUCCUCCUCUUCGAAUCGCGCCUCAUCCGCACAAAAGACAUCUCCGUGAUGCUGAAUCAACGCGAGAUGAUCAUCCACCGCCAACAACGCAUCAUCGAAACCCUCACGAAUCGCCUCAUCGACAACGGCCUGGAACCCCCCAUCGGCGACAUCCCCGACUUCGAAACAAACCUCCUAGACCUAGAAUCACUCAACGAUAGCGACAGCGCCGUGGUCAUGGAAGACGUCGACUCCGACAGCAACCUGACACACAUCCCGAAGUAUCGCAAUCAUGACGGCAUCACCGUCGUGCGAUCCAUCUCAGAUGCUAUAGACCCAAAUCUAAAAUAUACUAUAAGACGCACGAAUGGAUUCCUACGCCGGCCGGAGAUACUUGAAACCGUGUACAGUGUUGAAGAAGACGCUGAUGACACCGACGGUAAAUCCGAAGCGAAUAAAAAACGCGAUGCAUUCGCUAGUGGAAGUGGAAAAGCAGUGGUUAAUGAGGAACCACCGGGUAGGUCCAUAGAACGUGCUGAAACAAUUGAAAAACUUCAAAAUUUCGAAAAAAUUCAAAGUUUUGAUUGCGAUAAACAUGUUAUUGAUGCAGAUAUUGAAAAACCGCCGGAUAUUCAGAAAGGAACCAAAGGUAAUCCCGUGACAACUUACAAUCGUGUUAUGAGUAAUCAUCGCUCGGUGACAAAGCCGAAAGAUGUCAAGUACAAGCGGAUUAAUAAAGCCAAGUCGAAAAGUUUGGAGGAGUUGCGUGGAAGGUUGAAAACCUGGGUGGAACAAGGGAGUAAAUUGACUGGAUUGUCGCUGGAACACAGUCAGAGCUAUGCAUAAUGCACAGGAUGCUUAGAUGUAUCAAUUAAUGGUUAAUUACAUACUUUAUACAAUCA